UCUUUUUGUGAUCAUARUUAACUAUGUUGUGAUCAAACAAUAAAAUCUCAGAAGAUACAKGAACCGCUGACUUCAAUGCAGGCUCAAGCCGGUAAAAGACAUUCACGUUUCACGAACAAAAUCAGAAGUUCUUUUCAAAAUAGGCCAUAAAAGUAGUUCAAAAUGAGGGAUGUAAAGGGUUUUCUUGGGAAUAAACAAAGUGAAGCAGGUCCUCUAUCAUCAGAAUGGGCAGCUCUGGAGGAGUUGUAUGACAAAAGACUAUGGCAUCAACUGACUUUGUCAUUAGUUGAAUUUGUCAAAAAUGAAUAUUUUGAGAAAAAUGGAGGUCUACUAGAGAUGCAUGACAAUUUCCUUUCAGACUUUGAGCACAGAAUAAAUCCUUUAACUUUAAUGGAGAUCAGUUUGUACAUAGUAAAGGAACAUAAAGAUCCUGAAAAGGCUAUCCAGUUUUUGGAAAAACAGCGAGAAAAGGUUAAGAAUGUGUUGGAAGCUGAUAUUCUUUGUUUGACUGCUAUUGGUAACAUAAGACUUGCUGAGAACAAACUGGAUGAAACCAAGACUGUAAUAGCACAAGCAAGAGAGAUGCUGGAUACUAUUGAUGGAGUGUCAGCUGUCCAUGACAGGUUUUACAGUUUGUGCAGUAACUUCCAUAAGAUAACUGGUUCCUAUAAUGAUUAUUACAGAGAUGGUCUUCGUUAUCUUGGAUGUGUAGAACUGACUUCUCUAUCAGAUACAGAAAAGAUAGAAAGAGCUCUUCAUUUGGCAUUAGCUGCACUCCUUGGCAGUGAUGUUUAUAAUUUUGGUGAACUGCUUGCUCAUGAGGUUUUGAAGUAUAUCAAAGGAACAGAACAUAAUUGGCUGGUUGAUUUGCUCUAUGCCUUCAAUAGUGGAAAUUUGAAAAAGUUUGAAGACCUGCGACCAUACUGGUCAAAACAGCCAGACAUGCUUAAAAACGAAAAAGCAUUACAGCAGAAAAUCCGUCUUCUUUGUCUUAUGGAGCUAACAUUCAACAGGCCAUCAAAUGAUCGAAAUCUCUCAUUUGCAAUGAUUGCACAAGAAGCCAAGGUUCCUGAGAAUGAGGUUGAACUGCUGGUCAUGAAAGCUUUGUCACUUGGCUUAGUUAAAGGUUCCAUUGAUGAAGUAGAGCAAAUGGUUCAUAUGACCUGGGUACAACCACGUGUUCUGGAUCAGAAUCAGAUCGCCAACAUGAGAGAUCGUCUUACAGUAUGGUGUGAUAAAGUCAAGACCCAAGUUCACUCUGUCGAGGACGAGGUCCCAGAACUCAUUGUAUAGCCACCGCGCCCUGAUGGAUAUUUAUAUUUCAAUAAUAUCGACGGUCCUUCUGCCUAAUAGCAAUAUGCAUCACGUGAUUCAUGAAGGUGCAAACUGUAUUUAGGUUAUGUGUGAAGCCGUUUGGAGGAAUACUAGUAUUAGUACCCGUUAAGUAUUCCCAAAACAGGUUUUCUAAUGGACUUUACUGUGAUAUCUUGUUCAAUGGUUUUGUAAAGUAUUCUUGGCAACAGGCAUUACUUUCGCAAGGAAAUGUCGUCCUCCGUAGUUUUUAUUAGCAUUCCGCCAUGUUGAUACCUUCAAUACCAUGAAGCACUGCGCUAAAAUAAACAUGACGUCAUUAGGGUAAAACACCAUCACAGAUUUUUAAAACUUCUGAUAGAAAUCUGUCUGUCCGUCUAUGUGUUCUGUUUGUACGUUAAAAUGAAUAAAGGCAGCCACAGAGUAGCAAAAUGAAUCCAUGUUACGUAGGAAAUGUCGAUUUCCCGUUGAAUACAUCCACGAAUCACCUCGUGAUUGAAACCUUUUCUCGUGUUCUCUCAACAAUACAGCGUGUUUGUAAGAGAUAAUAAUUUGACAACAACAAAUUUUGCACCGCUCUCAAUGGUGAAUAUAGUCGACCACGCGACGCGAUAUUGCCCGCAGAAGGAUACUACAGUGCUUAUAGCGCGCCGCUUCUGAACAUUUUGUUGAAAAAAAUAUAGCAUUUAAAAUCUC